UGCUCAGCCUUCACUGCAGUUGCAAUUUUCCAAGCUAGGAAGAGUGGAAGGAAUCCUCUCGUGGGCUCGCAUAAUGGAAGCAAGAAUCCAGUCCAACAGCCAGCAGGUUAUAUGGAAAGAUAUCGAAACGGGGAAAGAGAAGACGGCGCGGUUCCGAACGUACCGGCGCCUCGCUCUGAUCCUCGGGCUAGUGGUCCUGGCUUUGGCCGCCGGGGUCUUCAGCCUGAGGUACUUCUGGGGUCCCAACCAAGCCAAGGUGUAUGACCACCAUUACAAGGCGGUGGUGGACGGGAGGGAGACGGACAGCCUUCUGGAGAUAGACCCCGGCCAGCGCAUCGAGAUCUUCCGCAUGGGCAACGGCAGCGAUGAGGUGCUGGAGGUCCACGACUUCAAGAACGGAAUCACAGGGAUCCGGUUCAGCAAACAUCAGAGGUGCUACAUCAAGAGCCAAUCUACCCGGGUUCCCACUGUGACUGAGGUGGCGUCUGAGGACACGGAGGCACUGGUGGGGGACCCCCAGGGGGGGGACAUGGUGAAGGUGGAGGAGUCCCAGGUCUGGGUACCCUCCGAGGAGCCCAUCGCCAGCAGAGCCUUCCUCCUCAACUCCAAGAUCUGGGAGAUGUGCCAGGAACUCCCCAUCCACUGGAUCUCCCCCAGCCCGCUGAGGGAUGCAGAGAUCAAGGAGGAGGAGAGCUUUGAGGACACACCCGACACGGAGGUCAAAGGUCAGCGGUUCGCCCGGGACGUGCAUGACGACGUCCCUGUGAACGACUACCGCGACGCCGGGAUCGAGCUGGACAACCGCCUGGACGACAACGGCUACUGCUGCCAGCAUUGCCGCAGCGGGUACCGCUACUGCCGGCGCUACUACGAGCCCCUGGGCGGGUACAACCCCUGGCCGUACUUCUACCAAGGGGGGCGGGUCAUCUGCCAGAUCGUCAUGCCCUGCAAUUGGUGGAUCGCCCGCAUGCUGGGGAGGGUCUGAAAGGACUGGUGGUGUUCCUUUUUUAUUUGCUGCCCUGCAUUCAAUAUUGUUAACGUCAUUGUUGGUGCUGCUUCCCAUCCAUCAAUACCGCCGACACACGUCUAGUGCAGGCAGAAAACCCGUGGCACACAUUUAUUAUGUGCUCCACAAUGAAAUGAAAAGCUUAGUGAACAGUAGCCUUGUUGUGAGUCCAGUGUGGUGGCUGAAUUCUUUCUUCACCUGCUGGCUUUUGUGUCGGGAGUGAUGUUGUCCUUUUGCAUGUUUAAAGUGCCUUUUAUCCGAGGCACUCGACAUUCGUUUGCCAUUCGUGUUGUGUGUAAAAAAAGAAAGAGCAAGGAGACUUAGUGUGGGAAGGGGAAUUAGGCUUGUUGUGGUGCUAGGUUAGAUGCUGCGUUAAACAAACAAACAACAAUGUGUAUAAAAUGCAUUGUGGCUGUUUCUAUUUUUAGCAAAGACACGCAGUAUUUCACCAUGUAUGUUUUAGCAUAUCUAAACUAAUGUAUAUUUAAGUUAAGAUAUCAAGAUUAUUCUUAGACGAAACAAAGUAACAUUUGAUGCCAUAUCUUUGACAUUGGUUCCAUUCAAUUCUUUUGUAACUGAUUAAAAUAAUAUCUUUGAA